UAGAUUGUUUUGCUUCCCUUCACAAUUCUCUCUCUUUGUAGUUUGAAGUACUUACAAAUAUAUUCCUCUGUUUGAUCAAAUUUUCAUUUUCUUUUUGUCAGCCUCUUUGACUAAAUUUCAUUUUCAAGCUUACAGCCCAUUCCUUGUGUUUCUUUUUGCUUUAGUUUUGUUGAACCCCAGUUCCUAUUUUUUCUCCAGCCAGUCAGUUUGGUUUUUAGUCUUGGAUCAAGUCUGAAAAAGUUUCGAUAUUUCUAAUGGACAGAGAAAAUAUCUCGGACAGUGGAGUUUGAUUUUUCUGGGAUUAGGACAUUUAUUCUGGGAUUCAGAGGUUCAUUGGAUUGAAGGGAGCGUUUUAUUUGGAGAUUUUGAUGGUUUCUGAAACUAUGGCUGAACAGGAGGAAAAUGGAUGCAGGGGAUUAGACUCUCCUUUGCUGACAAGUGUAAACACUUCAUUGGAACAGCUUAACAAUCCUGGGGAUGUGUUUGCUCCAAAGGUGAGGAAGCCAUAUACAAUUACUAAACAAAGAGAGAGGUGGACUGAGGAAGAGCACAAGAAAUUUCUUGAGGCGUUGAAACUUUACGGCAGGGCAUGGAGAAGAAUUGAAGAGCAUGUGGGCACGAAAACUGCAGUGCAAAUUCGAAGUCACGCACAGAAAUUUUUUUCCAAGGUCACUCAUGAAACAAACACCAGCGAUUGUAAUUCUGUGAAGUCAAUCGAGAUUCCGCCGCCAAGGCCCAAGAGGAAGCCCAUUCACCCUUACCCUCGUAAGAUGGUCACUAAGGGCGAAAUCGGAAUUCCAAUACCCGAGAAAUUUUCGAAUGCUGUGGAGCAAGAAAACCAGUCCUUAACUUCCGUUUUGUCUGGGAUUGGUUCGGAUUCAUCUGGAGGGGCAGAUUCUUGUACGCCUAAUGGCAAUCGAUCGUCAGUCUCAUCCGAAGCGCCUAAACUCGUAUCGGAAGACAUAUUGUGCCUUUUGCCCGAGCGUGAGGACAAAAAUUCGAGUAUAGAUGGAAGGAUACAUAUGGAAUCGGAUCUAUCAUCCCAAAAUGACACUUGUGUUAACAAAGACCCAAACGUGUCAGCCACGCAAAGAUUGAAGCUUUUUGGCAAGACAUUAUUAAUCACGGACCCAAGCGGGCUCUCUGAUAAGGCCCAGAUAGAUUGCAAGCCCGAAUUAUUGUUAGACAAAAAAGAAGAAAAUUGUUCAAUCCCUUGGGGAGUCGUGCCAUUGAACUUUCUCAACGAUGAUUCUAUUUUGAUGCAUUCUGUAUCUUUUCCUUGGUUGACCCUUUGUAAUAAUGUUCAAACCCUGGAAGUGCAUAACCCGACUCCAGUCAGAGCCCGAUAUUUGUGUGAUAAUAAUAACAAUAAUAAGGUAAAGCCGGAUGAUAAUGAGCUUUUCUCCUUCAAAAGGAAAGGGGAAAGAAAAUCUUUUUCGUCCUACAACCCGAGCAAGAAAAGGAUUUUGGGUUUUGUGCCGUACAAAAGGUGUUCGGACAAAUGGGAUUCUUCCUUAUUGCAGGCUGAGAGUGGUGAGGAAAGGGAGACGCAGCAUGUUCGACUCUGCUUGUGAUAGGCAGUGAUGU